AGAGAGAGAGAGAGAGAGAGAGAGAGAGAGCGAGAGAGAGAGAAGGAAGCGCGAGCGCAGUCGUUUGGAAUCACUCCACUUUCUCAUCACACACAGUGCAGCCGCGCGACCUGCUCCGUGCUGGACCGGGAGGCGGACAGAGUUUGAGGCGGCAUAACGGUGACUGCGCGUCGGGGUGGAAACUAACCGGGACGACCGCUAUUGAUAACUCCCGGACCUACCGGACACAGUGUUUAUUGCUUGGGUUGAAUUUUUUUUAAAGCGUUUUUCAUCCCUACCCCUGUACAUCACCACUACCAUCUCCACCCCUAAAAAAAAAAACCCAAAGAAAACACCACAAACGUGCCAAUCAACGGAGGAUGCUCUUUCUAGCUCUCACCUAACCCCAUUCACGGAGUUGAAGUGAGUGACCCCAGUCCGGACGGGUCGUCCCCCUAGCUGGGCUCCAGUAACCGUUCCCCCCGGAGAGAGGAAAGGACCUCCGGGUUGACGCGCAGCGCUGGUCACGACAGUAAAAACUGGAUAGACAUUGAGAGAGGAUUUGGAGGAAUAAUAACCCCUGUCUGUCCGACUGGAUUUUUUUGUCUUUAAUCUGAGGUCUCCCCCCCCCCCCCCCCAACGGCGUGGAUUGUUAAUUUCGGGGUUUUUUUUUUUUUCGGAGGUUUGGUGCGGCUCCGCCUGGGUACCGAGGAGGAGCGGAGCCUAUAGCCGGGCUGGAGCGCUCUGAGCUGGGGAACCGCGCAGCUCACACCCGGUCCAGAGUUGGCGGAGACAUGGCGGUGCUGAGGUGGAAGGUCCUGCUGUUCCUGGCGAUCACCUUCAUUGUUUCUUGUGUCGGUGCGCCCACUGACAUCCUGUAUCGGGUUCCUGAGGAGCAGCCUCCCAACACACUGAUCGGGAGCCUGGCGGCAGACCAAGGCCUGCCCGACACCGGCCACCUCUACAAGCUGGAGGUGGGCUCGCCGCACCUGAGAGUGGACGGAAAGACCGGUGACAUCUACACCACAGAGGUCUCCAUCGACCGCGAGACGCUAAAAGACUGCCGAAACUUGUUUGAAGGCGACAAAUGCUUCCUGGAGUUUGAGGUGUCGAUCACAGAUAUGGUAAAAGGUCUCGGUUCAGGGCCGCGGCUGAUUGAAGGACGCAUCGAGGUGAUGGACAUCAACGACAACACGCCGCAAUUUGCCUCCCCCAUCCUCACCCUUUCCAUCCCUGAGAACACGCACAUCGGCGCCCUCUUCUCCAUUCCCAUGGCCUCUGACAGGGACUCUGGCUCCAAUGGCGUGGCAGAGUACUCGCUGAGCACCGGGUCGGACGCAGACCAGCUCUUCAGCCUGCAGGUCGCCGUGGACUCAGACGAGAAGCUGCCUCAGUUGGUCGUCAUGGGGAACUUGGACCGAGAGAAGAAGGACUCGUAUGACCUGAACAUCCGGGUGGUCGACGGAGGGACGCCGGCGAGGGCGAGCAGCGCACUGUUGCGGGUCACCGUGACUGACCAGAAUGACAACGCACCAAAGUUUGAGAGGAGUCACUACGAGGCUGAACUGCCGGAGAACAGCCCGCUAGGACACUCUGUGCUGCAGGUCAGAGCAAAUGAUGCAGACACUGGAACCAACGGAGAGAUAGACUACAGCCUCCAUCAGGCCUCAGAGACCGUCCAGAGGCUUCUACGCAUUGACCGCUCAACCGGCAUCAUCUAUGUCAAGGGUCUAGUGGAUCGCGAGGAGGAGAACUUCCUCAAGUUCUUUGUGGUUGCCAAAGAUCGUGGGCCAAACUCAAAGAGCUCAAAAGUCCUGGUGACCAUUGUUGUGAGGGACCAGAAUGACAACGCACCAGCCAUCGAAAUCCGUGGAAUUGGCUUGGUAACACAUCAGGAUGGCGUGGCCAACAUCUCUGAGGACAUGCCCAUAGGCACUGCUGUGGCGUUGGUCCAGGUUUCUGAUCGUGAUGAGGGUGAAAAUGCGGUGGUGACAUGUGUGGUUGCUGGUGAUGUCCCAUUUCAGCUCCGACCUGCAAGCGAGUCAGCUAAUGAUCGCAAGAGGAAAUACUUCCUGCAGACAACUACCCUGCUGGAUUAUGAGCGUGUCAAGGAUUACAGGAUUGAGAUUGUUGCUGUGGAUUCUGGGAACCCAGCCCUGUCCAGCACGAACUCCCUUAAAGUCCAGGUCACAGAUAUGAACGAUAAUUCACCAAGCUUUUCCCCAGUGCUGCUUGAGGUGGACUUUUUUGAGGGCAACCAACCUGGCGACAAGGUCCUGGAUGUCAUUGCUACAGAUGCAGACAGUGGCACAAAUGCAGAGCUAGCGUAUAACAUCAUUGAGCACUCGGCCAAUAAGCUCUUUGAAAUUGAUACCCACAGUGGAGUAGUGCGUGUGAAGAACCUGCUAGAUAGGGAAGAGACAGAGCGGUAUGAAUUUCGUGUGGCGGCAGCAGACAAGGGCGUCCCAAGCAAAACUGGCACUGCUACAAUUGUGAUAAAUGUUCUGGACCGCAAUGACAAUGACCCCAAGUUUAUGCUUAGUGGCUACAGCUUCUCUGUCAUUGAAAACAUGGCGCCUCUCAAUCCUGUUGGGGUAGUGACUGUCACUGAUGAAGAUAAGGGGGAGAAUGCCCGAGUGAAUCUGUUUGUGGAACCAGACAAUGGCAAGUUUGUUAUCCAGAAUGGCACAGGAACGAUUCUGUCCCACAUAUCCUUUGACCGUGAAAAGGAAAGCACUUACACCUUCCGCCUGAGGGCUGUUGAUUCUGGUGACCCACCUCGGUCGUCAUAUGUGGGUGUGACCAUCAAUGUCCUUGACGAGAACGACAAUGCCCCCUAUGUCACCAAACCAGCAAACUCCUCUUACACAUACAUGUCCCCUAUCACACCAACAGAGACUCGUGUGGAGGUGGUGGAGGCUGAGGACAUUGACUCUGGACUAAAUGCUGAGCUGGUCUACACCAUCACAGGUGGCAACCCAUAUGGGCUGUUCCAUAUCUCACCGAGCAGUGGGGAAAUAACUCUGGCACAGGAGUUCACUGGGAAACACAAUGGCCUGCACCGCCUUGUGGUGAAAGUCAGCGAUAAAGGCAAACCUCCCCGUCACACCACGGCCCUGGUCCAUGUUUUUGUCAAUGACACCAAGUCCAAUGUCUCCCUCAUUGAGGCACUGGUCGGACACAGCCUCUACACUCCUUUGGACAGGGACAUUGCUGGAGACCCAAACUAUGCCCUUGCUCAGCGCAGCAACAUCCUGUAUGGCAGCCUUGCGGGUAUUGCUGGUGUGAUUAUGGUCAUUGUUGCUGUGGUUGUCAUUAGACAUCGUCUUCAGAAGGACACCAAGAGCGGCUACCAGGCUGGCAAAAAGGAAAGUAAGGACCUGUAUGCUCCAAAGCAAGGCCCCAAAAAUGGUAAAGGGAAAAAGAGCAAAAAGGGGAAAGCUCCCAAACCGGCUAAGCCACUAGAGGAGGACGAGGAGGCCAGCUUACAGAAAGGCCUCAAGUUCAACCUCAUCAAUGACACUGUCAACGACAGUCCCAGAAUCCACCUUCCCCUUAACUACCCACCAGGAAGCCCUGACUUGGGCCGUCACUACCGCUCUAACUCCCCCCUACCCUCCAUUCAACUACAGCCUCAGUCACCCUCUGCCUCCAAGAAGCACCAGGCUGUUCAGGACCUUCCCGCCACCAACACCUUUGUGGGAACGGGCGACAACAACUCAACAGGCUCCGACCAAUAUUCGGAUUACAGCUACAAGGCCAACCCUCCAAAAUACAGCAGCAAACAGGUAGGAGAGUACGCAAACACGCCAAUGUACCACAGGGACAUUUAUUGGACCAACCAGGUGUGGUAGUCGAGCUGGGACUUAUUUGACAAAGCCGAUAUCCUUCCACCAAAGCUGCACUGAUUCCCCCCUCUCACAGCACCCACUUCCUAACGGCAGUUUAAUUCUUGCUUUGGUUCUAUUGUGUUCAACCAUUUUUGUUCUGUUCUGUUCAGUUUUUAAUUUUAUUUUCACCUUGACAUGGACACCACAACAUCCACUCCAUGAAGGAUUUCAUAUGGGAUAGACCAAAUAUGGGUUAACCAAUAUUUAUCUGGUGAUAACAGCCCAGAAUGAACUCUGUCGAUGAGAAAAAACUGAAGGGUUGUUUAAAACACUGUUUGUUGGUUUCAAUUUCUCCACAAUUGCAUGUUAAAAUGUUCACCUGUUAUUUAAUCAAGAACUUCUAAAAGUUUGGAAACUUUUCUAUAAAAAAGGAAACAAUGAUUUGAAAUACGAACAAUCCCAUAUGGGUCUAUCCUUAACAUGUUUUUCAUUUUGUUAUGUGUGUUUAGUUUUCACAGUAGGUUAAAUGAAGGAGGUUAUGAGUUUUUUGUUUUUUUGUUCACAAGUGUUUUGAAUCUGAAGUUAUUUGUGCAGCCAUUGAUGGAAGGGUUCACACUGACAUCCUCAUUAAGUCUGAAUGUGUUUUUCUUUUCCUUUUUUUUUUUACUUGUCUGGAGAGCUGACUCAAGUGUUUAGAGCUUCUUUUUAUGGCCGGAUCAGCUUGUUGAAGUGUGACAAAGAGCAACUGUGAAUUCCUGAGUUAGUUUGGUACCCACAUUUUUAUUGUUCCUUGGCUUUUCUUUGGCCAGGAACUAGACUAGGGCUGAGGAGCCACUUUAGAGUGUUUCCAUCCAGUUCGGACCAAUUUAAGGUAAUUUCAGCUCGGUCAGGAGCCAAGACGUGAAGAAAGGAAGAAUGAAAGGGAAUAAGAAGGAGAAAGGAGGGUGUGGGGGUUGAAAAAGCUACUACACUAUGAAGGAAAAGGUACAGUAAGACAAAAUACAACCAUUUUGUAACCUCUGCACCUCCUGUCAGGUCGGCUGAAAUACGUCUUUUAAUUUUGCCGUGUUCCCAAUCAGUGGGGUUUAAAAGUCAAUUGUUUGCACAGAUUAAUGGCAGGUAAUUUUCCAGGCGCCCGCUUUCGCCUUCUUUUACCCAGAGUGCCUUGCUCUUUUCUAUUUAAUGUACAAAAAAGGGGGUUGUUGGGGAGGGUUGGGGAUCAUUAACUGCGUGAUGGUGACGAGCUUAUACGCUCAUGUCGUCAUGUUCUGUGGCUGUGAAAUUUGAAAAAUGUCACGUGCACUGUGAAAAACCAUGAGACAAUCGCUUUGUUAUGUUCAGACUUGUACAUAUAUGUGAAUGACAUACAUGAUAUUUUUGUUUUGUAUUUUUUCAUCAGUUGCAACAUUACUGUGUUGUCCUGUGAGUGUGUGUGUGUGCUUAACAAGGGCAUAUCUUUAUUUCCCUGCUUCUUAAAAGACUUACCAAAGACUCACACACACACACCUGCAUAUUCACUGUCAUCACCAUAACAAAUAUUCGCUUAAGUUGUGUUUUGUAACAUUCCUGCCGGUGUUAGCAUAUUGCUAGGGCUCCUGCUGGGUUAAUAUUUAGCCUGUUAACACUCCAAGGCGUGACACUUCACAGGCGUCCACACGGAUUUACAGACACACGCGACAUCACGUCUGCUCCAUCACACACCUGCUCAAUCAUGUACUCUGCUUCUUCUGCUCUGGGGAAAUGUGUACAUUGUUAUUUUUUGUUUUGUUUUUUACAGCUUAAAACAAGAUUUUUAUUUCAAUAAACAUGUUGCAUAAAUG